AUGGUUCCCCAGUCAAAGUCGUCGUCCCCCGUCCUUCCGUAUGAGGUGUUCCUCAGUAUAGUUGAGUUCCUCAUCGCCGGUAUCGAGGCAGAACAGUACGGCGAGAUUGCAUGGACCUAUUAUCGACAUGAUUUGCCCUGCAAGCUUGUUAUCAACCAAAAGAGCCGCAAGAUGGUUUACCAGACCUUUCGACCGGUACCUACGUGUCGCCGUCUUGUCUCGAGCGGUGCCCUCGGCCAGAUCCUGCCCGUCAGCGCUCUCAUCUUGCCAGAAGUCGACGCCUUCGUCCCACACCAUGCUGUAGUCCGGCCCGAUUCUUACUUCAGAGGGGGCUGCUUCUAUCCGGCGUACCACCCACCCAUCCCGAAGUCACACGCCACCCUCGACCUGAUCCAAAGCAUAUACAUUUCAUCGAUCUGCAGCCUCCGCGCUGAAAAGUACGAGGCAAACGAGGCUCUGCUCGCCCUUCCCAAUCUCAGACACAUCAUGGCCCUCAUCGGCCCCGUCAGAAAAGACCUAGAAGAGAUCGAAACUCUCCACGGUGGACGUCGCUCUCUCGCCCUGGAUUACCAGUUGUUCUCCGACUUGCAGUACUGGGACACGAUGCCCAAGGGUCGGAACUUUUGCUCCAUCUGGCGUAGAUUUCAGGAGAAGGGCAUCAAGCUUUACGGACUGAUCGGAUUAUCCAAACAUUCUCCCAAAAAGUGUAUCAUGGAGAUCUUCCCCUCGGAGGAUGGUACUAUGGUCCAAUAUGUCAGCCCCAACUGUUCUUGCUGCCCGAGAAAGCCCACAUCGGAGAGAAGAAAGCUGGCGUCCAAGAUGAGGUGGGCGCAGCUGGGCUGCUAG